AAUAACCUAUCCCAGCUAAAAAUGGAACCACCGACGCCCACCUUCUUCCCGUUGAGCCCUUCCUCUUUCUCUAAAAAAUCUGAUAAGAUGAAAUCCAAGCUAACUUCUAAAGAUGGAAGGAAACAAUUCAAAGGAAUGAAAAUUAAUAUUCGAGAAUUUGCUAGAAGUGAGUUGAAAGAUCAUGCUAUGAAGAAUACUGAGCAGAGGAGAAACCUUCUCUGCUUCAGUCCUGAAGGACUGAAGGAUAUUAGUCCUCACCAAGUUAAUUCAAUUCAUUUCUUUGGAGGCAGAGAGAAUAAUUUAACAACUUGUCUUGGACACUGUAGUGGACAAGAGGAUCUCAGAAAUUCUUCCUUACCAAGUCUGAAAGAAGUUGCCAGAAUCAUGAGCAAAGUUCCAAGAAUUAAAGCAAGAAAUCCCGAAUCCAACGGAUCAGAACUCCUUCAAAGAAUAUUAAUGAAGAUGGCUCUUCCUGCUAAAAGGAGGAAGAGGUUAUCUGAAAAUACUAUCGGAAAGCUUUACUCUUCGAUGCUCUCAAAAAGUCCUGGUCCUGAUGACUCUUUUGGAAAUAAAGAAAAACACUGAUGCAGGAAUCAAAGAUUCCUACACCAGAGUCUUGAUUUCGAACUUAAAAAGAAGCAUGUCGGGCAGGAAUUUCAACUUGAAAAAAGUGAAAAGUCUGAUAGCCUUCAGACUUCCUUUAUCUUUUGAAAAUCUCCUCAAGCCAAAGCUAAGAAUACUUUAACCUUCAAGAGAAAAAGAGUCUCAGGACUAAAGGAAAAACAACAAAAGACGCCAAAGAAGAGAGUCUCAGAGACUUCUCAGAAUAAAUAUUUCUUAACACCCAAAAACCCACUUAAGCAUCGAAAAGUUAAAGUAGCGGUCAAGAGUCGUAUGUCUGACAAGAAGCAGACCAUGAAAAAGUACAGCCAGAAGCGGAAAGAUACUAUUGGAUCCAGACUCUCUCAUAACUCUAUCAAUGAUUUCAGAGAAGAACCUGCCUGAGAAAUCAAAAAGAAGUCUCAGAAUAGAUGCCAAGAAGAGCAUUUGUUCAAUUCUACCUUCGCUAAAUACUCAGCAUCUUCUAAUUUUGCUUGAGGAACUUCUCAAAAGAGGAAGAAUAGCAAAAAAAAAUCGUCUUGAAAGUUGAAGAAAUCAACCUUCAAGCCGGCUAAUCAGUCUAAAAAUGUAGCCAAUGUUGCUAGAAAUAAUGUAAAUAGUUGUAGUUGCCAAGAGCAAUGCCAGACUAGUUCAAAGUGUAGAAAUUAUCAGCUAAAGAGUGGUAUUAUGAACUAUAAGAACGCUCUUAAGAAAUCUCCAAACCUGAGUCCAAUCAAUAAGCCUGAAAAUACUGAAAAUAGCUGGAAGAUACACAAGAAUGCGGUAACUCAAGAUUACUUACAUUGCUUCCGCAACUACAAGUACAGGGUUGAAGAAGCUGGAGCCUGUGCUUCUGAUGAGCUGCCCCAAGCCAGUUCCGGAAAUCCAGAAGAAAAUCCUGAGAUUCCUAACCAAACCCUAAACGUUAGCCAGAAUAUACAGGAAGUGGAAAUAGAGGAAGAAAAGCCACUUAGAGAGACAUAUCAGGCUGAGAGCUCCACUCACAUCUUGAAUGGCAAAAACGUGAAGAUUUUAUCUAAAAAUCCCUGAAAGCUUGCAAAGAUUAUGAUGAAAAAUGAGGUUCAUAACACAGCUAUGAGGCAGGAUCUUAAGUCGAAUAGUGGCUUAGUCCAAAGAAACUAUGGUAUGAAUAACAAAGCUGGAGACUACCAGCCAGAAGGCCUUGAAGUUAUUGAAGAGCAUACAGUUUCAUACUCUAAGAGCGAUCGAGAGAUACUCCAUCCAGACAAGAUUCAAGGCAGUGAGUCUAAAGAGAUAGAUAAAGAGUUGAGCAUCUCUAUAGAAGAGAGUGAUCUGGACUCCCAAGAUUCUUGCUCCUUUAAUACUGAUUCUGACAUCGAGAUAAGAGAAAGCAAAAGAGCAAGUCUUAAGAGUGGAUGCACCAUGGGAGAUAUCUGAGCAGGACAGAGGAUAGCUGUGUUCCCAACUUUGAACCCGACUGUUGCUCCUCGGUUUUCAGGAGUUAAAGCCUCAGAUGAGCUUUCCAAACUUCAACUAGACAAUGAAUCAAUCAAAACUUCUAAUUUCAGAGUCAAUGUUCAGACAAUCUCUGUCAGCUCCUCCUGUAUGUAGUUUUUUAAAUUAUCAUACUAGUGCAAAGAUUUCUUGCUAGAUGAUUCUAAUCAAUUUGAUUU